AUGGCUGACCCGAUCGCUGAAGACUUUGAUCCGCCACAGAAACCCAAGAGAAACAAAUUCGCCAUUGCCUGCUCCCUUUUGGCUUGCACGCCAUCAAUUUUACUGGGCUACGAUAUUGGUGUGCUACUGCAAGGCAGAACCUCCGAUUGGAUCGGGCGCCGGUACACCGCCGUCCUCUCCGGAGCCAUCUUCUUUGUCGGAGCUAUCCUCAUGGGCGUAGCCCCGGGCUACGCCUUCCUUACGUUCGGCCGGUUCGUUGCUGGAAUAGGUGUUGGCUACGGUCUCAUGAUCUCUCCGGUCUACACCGCCGAGAUCGCUCCGACUUUGUCCCGUGGCUUCCUCACAUCUUUCCCUGAGGUGAAGAUUCAAUCGAUGAAAUUAGGGUUACAAACUUAUAAGUUGAGCAUGUGCUUGGUGGCAUUUGUAGCCAAACCAUGA